GAGACACAUUAGAAGAAAGACUGCUCCACUGAGGGACCGAGUUAGUGAGAGAGACAAGCGCAGACCAAGAGAAGCAGAGAGUAGAAAGAAGGACAUGUGACGGGGAGUACUUUUUGGGAAGUGGGUGAAAAGUGACAUUUCUACUUUGUAUGGAAGGCAAGGACCCAAACAACAACCUGUGGAGGUUUGUUCUUUUAUUUGUCUUUGGAGUGUUGAACAUGUUUAAUGAGCUGUUUUUGCUGAAGCUCAACAGGUUGUGAUGAGUUUGCUUAGUAAUGUUUAUGUUUUGCCUCUUUUUAUUUUUAAAAACAGCUUUAGACUUAGCAAGAGGCUUAGUUUUUGAGCAUGCACAAGUUCUAUAUCUCAGUAGUUUUCCUUUUUCUCAUUAGACCACUUUAAGGGUAAAAUUGUGACUCCUAUCUCUCUCUCUGCUUGUGUGUGCUUGUUAUCCGCAUACAAUCUCCUCAGAUGGGAAGUACAACCCCUCCAGGAUACCUCAAUGUAAGCGCAGCGAUGAUCAACACCACAGACACAGCUGUGAGUAAGGAAGGCUACAGCGAGGCAACGAUGAUCCUGCUGGGCAUGAUCAUGUCUUUACUGGUCUUGUGUAUCGUCUUCGGAAACAUUCUGGUCAUAACAGCGAUCGCUCGUUUCCAGCGUCUUCAAAAUGUCACCAACUGUUUCAUCACCUCCCUGGCCUGUGCUGACCUGGUCAUGGGUCUCAUUGUGAUUCCUUUCGGCGCUUGUUACAUUAUCUUUAAGACCUGGCACUUUGGUCAUUUCUGGUGCGAGUUCUGGACUGCGACUGACGUGCUAUGUGUGACUGCGAGCAUCGAGACCCUUUGUGUUAUAGCUAUAGAUCGAUACCUUGCCAUUACGUCCCCAUUCAGAUACCAGUCAAUGCUGACCAAGUGCAGGGCUCGCAUCGUGGUCGUCCUGGUGUGGGUGAUUGCUGCCUUGAUAUCUUUCCUGCCCAUACACAUGAAGUGGUGGAUAUCUGAUGAUAAGGAAGCCAAGGACUGCAUUGCAGACAGUAACUGUUGUGAGUUUUACACCAACAUGGCUUAUGCAAUCACCUCCUCCAUCAUCUCUUUCUACAUCCCAUUGGUCAUCAUGGUUUUUGUCUAUAGUCGUGUUUUCCAGGAGGCAAAACGCCAACUCAAGAAGAUUGACCAAAGUGUUGGACGUUUCCACAACAGUGACAACAGCAACCUCAAAUCUCUGGAGACCAACAAUGGGCGAGGCCUCAAGAAGCCAAAGUUUUGCCUGAGGGAACACAAAGCCUUAAAGACUUUGGGCAUCAUCAUGGGGAUCUUCACUUUGUGCUGGCUGCCCUUCUUUCUGCUCAACGUGCUUGUGGCCAUAUGGAAGGAGCUGCACAAUGACCUCACCUUCAGGAUACUCAACUGGAUAGGAUACGCAAACUCGGCCUUCAACCCGCUCAUUUACUGCCGGAGCCCUGAGUUCAGAUACGCCUUCAAGGAAAUCCUCUGCUUGAAGAGGAACCGCCUCAGUAACUCCGGGCCUGUGAAUGGCUAUGUGUACAGCAGGCACAGCUGGCAGAGCGAGCAGCAAGGGAGGAGUAAGGGCAGCUCUGAGGACAGCGAUGCCAAUGAAGGGUGUCUGGGGAAGGGGGCAGGGGUCUGCAGUGUUAUGGACAGAUCAGUGGACCCCAAUGGGAAUUGCAGCAAAGGCAUAUCGACUGUAACAACUGUCCUUUAAAACUUGGAGUCCUGAGAUUUGGGCGACCCAGACAUGUUUACACUGCCAUCAAAAACUUUUUCCAAUUGACUGAUGACUGCAAAGCCAGUCCAACUGACCGUGGAGUCUCUAGAGACUGCUUUGAAGAAACCGAACUGACCAUGCUCAGCUGAGGGACGCAUUUCUCUUACUCCAUCAACACAGAGAAUUAAUACUGUAGGUGGAUCACUUUUCCAUUUGUUGAAUUUUCAUCUAGUUCCCAUCUACCUCAUAUUUCUUUUUUGUUUAUUGUUUGUUUGUUUUUCUGCUGUUAUCUUAACAAGUUCACAUUAACUCACAGGCCACAGGGUAGUAUCUCAGCUGUUUAUUCACUCAGUGGUUUGUGCAUUGUAUUACAGCUAAUCUUUUGGCUCCAAUUGGAUAUAUCUCAGAGGUUUUGGCAAAAUAUCUCGCAGCUAGUUUGAAAUCUUUUGAAAUUCAAAUGUUGCUGGGAGCUGUGCACUAAACUCCAUUCAAGCAUGCCAAGUUAGCAUGGAUAUUGAGUCCGUAUUUCCAUCAGAAAAUAAGGAGGUCCAAUUUGAGCGCAGUUUUGGUGCUUUGUUCAAAGUCAUACAUUCCAAAUCAACCAAAGCUAUAAUUUGGCUUCAUUUCGUUUCCCUUUUUCUUGACAGAUUGCCGCAGUGUUUAAGAUGAUUUAUGACAUAUUUUGUAGAACCUGUCUCUCCUCUUCCUUCUCUCUCUCUUGCUCUCUCUCGCUCACUCUCUCUCUCUCUCUUUCUCUUUCUGUCUCCUCACUGCUUAGAAAUGCUGUGAGGCCCCUCUCCCCGCUCAGAGGUUUUACAGCCCAUUGCAGGGAGUUGCUAGUGCCAGCAGACAGCACCAGCGAUAUGACAUUAUCUUCAUAUCACUGGUGCAAGCUGAGAAACGCCUGAGGCCAUCCUACGUAUGUCAUUUGAUAUAGCUGGCAAGUGUUUCUUUUUUUUUGCACGUUGUAUCAGCCAGAUUCCAUUAUCAGCCCUGGAGGUAUUUAAUAUCCUGAAGUGCAAAGCAGAUGGCUUCAUUGAUAAUGGGCUUAAACUUGAGUAUUGACCUUUUAAGGCGUAUGGCUGUGAUAUGAUUACUCUCAAAUGCACAUUUUUCCGAUUGCACAGCCCACCUUUCAUAUCAGAUAGUCUGCAGGGUCAUUUGAGCGACAUGUAAACUGUUGUUUGGUACUUUGUGAAAAUAUUUGGUUAGUUUAAAGCGUACUCUUGCCGCCAGUAGCAGCGGUAUCAGUUGUUACACAAGCCCUGUUUAUUUAUCAUGUUUUGUGGUUGCUGUGUUCAGUGUUUACUGAAACCAGAGAAGCCGUUUCCUUAGUCAUGGCACGAGGGUACAAGCCACCCACAAUAAUAAACAAGGGCGGUGUAAUAAUCAAGUGAUAACAAAGUUCCAGUCUCUGGACGUGUUAGUGGCGACUUCUCAGGCCAAUAUACUGAGAUGAACUGAUCCUGAGUGCCGCACCUUAGUUGCUGCUCUCUGACACGUCCCAGAGUCUCCUCACUGUAAACAGAUGUGUGUAUCUCUAUGAAAUCAGUCCGAGCCUCUUCUCUUGAGCCCACCAUUUGUAUCUCUAUGAAAUCACUCUAACAUUCGGAUUAGAAAGAAGUCCUCUUUGCACGGGCCUCAGCUUUAUCUCAGUUUUUUCAGUCAUUUUCAGAUUUUUGAUGUUUCUCUGUGUAGCCCCAGGAAGUUCACGUAUCCAUUUGAGCCAGACCCAAUAAACAGGAAUAAAUUCAUUAUCCCUGCCGUUCAGCUGCAGAAUCAGAUAACUCCCUCCUAAGAAAAACAUUGAAAUGGAUUGGCUGAUUAUAAAGUUCCAAAUUUGCAGGUUGUGAUGAGAUCCAACAGGCCAAGCUGAACGGCACUCUCUGUGGAAGGUAAUUUUUUGACUUGAACGAGCAUUAAGGGACACUUAUCUCCUUGCAUGCAGGGCUUGAAUUGGAAAGAUCACCCCUUUUAUCACACCAAAUGGCUUGCAAGAUCAUUAUGCUCAGUUGGUGCAAUAAAGAUGUUCCUGCAGACGUCAUCCCCUUACCACGGACGGUUUGGCCUUCUCUCAUAUGUUCUGAUCAAAGUGACAGCAAGCUUAAUGUGGCUUCUGAAGGCAAGAGAAGGGGGUGGGGGUGCCAGUCUAAAUCGGUGUUAGUGACCCGUGUUUUGUGCACGUUGCUUUGCCUCUGGAGUGAGCUCAGCUGACUCGGUCAAAACUGUGAACUUUGCUCCCUCAGAAGAACCUCUAUGUACUGUAUCUGUAUCUGUAGGUUUGUUCAGCUCUGUUGUCAAAAGGCCCGUCAAAAGUAGACGUAAUCACAGUGUCAUCAUACGUCAGUGUUUGCCAUGUGAAAAAACAAGCUCUUCGCUCAGUUGAGCUUUUUUUUUCUGUUUUCUUUUUUAUGGAUUUACAGCAGGGUAAACGCAGGGGUGGAAUGUCAUGACGCUUUAUCUCCAGGGGACUUUUUUUAGUCAGCAUUUCACUGUACAUGACUCAAGACCAAGAUUUUCUUAUGAGUUUAGUAGUUUAUCACCCAAAAAUGUAAGCAUUGACAUUAAAACAUGACUUAAUGUUGUGUCGGAAAUAUCUGCUCUUUUCAGGAGCACUUCACAGGUGAAUGUUUGCAUGUCCGAUGUAUAUUUUUGGUGUUGUGCUCGUGGAUUGUAGUGCCUUUUCCUUUCAAAGUGAUCUUUCUAUGUCCAAGCGGAGCACAUUGUGAACUCAGUACCCACACUGCUCCCUCCUGGCGGUGGCUACUCUUUGCACCUCAGCUCUUGCAGAGUUACACACUAUUUUAUGAUCCACCCCUAAAGUAUGAUAUUCAUGUCUUCACCUCACCAGGCUAUAGGGAGCAACCCUAUUCUGUGUGAUGAGUCUUGAAUGUUUUCGCUGACACAACCACAUUCCAAGCUCAGCUGAUGGUUUGGGACCAUAUAUCAUGUCUGCUGAUGUGUUAAAUGAACAUUCAGUUCCCUGGCAGAAAGAAAGCCUAAGGUUACACAUGUAAUCUUUUGACACAUACAAGUUCUGCCAAUAUGACAAUUUAAUUUUGGGUGACAGAAUCAAGAGACGCAAGAUUUAUAUAUUUCCACAGUUUUUAAAAAGAAAAAAGUCUUCUGGAUUGGCCGUAUGUUUAAGUCUCAGGAAGCUAAUGCUUACGCUUCAUUAAUGCUCCUAUUUUAACAGUUACAUUUCCUCACAAGGAUGGACGAACUUAAAAGUAGUACUAUUAAGCACUUUCAUCAAACAUUUGUAACAUUCUUGAACUAUUAAACCACAAUUCAGGUCACAGACUAUAAAUCAUCCAGAGCUUGAGUCUUUCUUCUUCAUGGCGCACAUAUUUCAGACAAGAAAAUCAAGAGUCACAAGAAACCAGAAUCUCAGCACGGAUGUCGUACAAGGUUCAGUCCAACUGGUGCAUGUGAUUUUGAACUUUCUAUCAAAGUUAGCUAUUGCUUUCAGAGUCAUAUGAGAAGAAACUCUACACCUAAAGCUUUCUCCAUGACCAGAGUAAGAAAAAAGAAACUCUGCUGAAUGUUUACUUAAUGUUUGCGAUUUCCGCACAACUUUUUGUCACUGUUAAGGUAAUGCCUGUUACAAAAUGUGGUGUCUUGUGAUAUUUAUGAUAAAAAAAGCAAGUGAAUGUGUUGUAAGAUUUGUAUUAAAAUAAAUUGUUGCAUGUAAUGUCUUCAA